AUGACAUCAUCCAAAAAGACGAAAAGCAAGUUGUAUGUUCCUGGUAUAGGACAAACAGGAGUUAAUCAACUUGGUGGAAUAUUUGUCAAUGGUCGUCCAUUGCCCGAUCAUGUCCGUCGACAGAUUAUCGAAUUGGCAUUAAAUGGUAUUCGUCCAUGUGAUAUUUCACGACAAUUACUCGUUUCACAUGGAUGUGUUUCAAAGAUCUUAACGAGAUUCUAUGAAACUGGUUUGGUUCGACCAGGAUCCAUCCGUAAAAAAAGAUGUCCGAAACAUUCUAUGAACACGCAUGAAAGUCCUGUAGUACCAAUUCAUGAGUGCAAUGUAUUUUCGCUAUUUCAACAAUACAACGACUUCGUACUACAAAAAGCCAAGCAUCCACCAUCCGACGAUGAAGUUUCUCUCGAAACCAAUUCAUCUUCGUCUUCAUUGAUCAAACAUUCAAUCGAGAAUAUUCUUUCCUAUCCCACCAAACGAAAAACUCACAACGUCACCAGUUGA